AUGCGCCCGCCUGUGGGCGCUGUCCGGGCUGCGAAGGCCGCGAGCGCACGGACAGACGGACGGACCGACGGACUGGCGGCCGGUCGGACACACUGGGCAGCGCGGGGAGCGGGGACGCGGCGGGACAGCGACAUGGCCGGCCACACGCAGCAGCCGAGCGGGCGCGGGAACCCCGGCCCUGCACCCUCGCCCUCCCCCGGCCCGGGCCCGGGCCCCGGCGCCUCGGAGCGGGUGGCGCUCAAGAAGGAGAUCGGGCUGGUGAGCGCCUGCACCAUCAUCAUCGGGAACAUCAUCGGCUCGGGCAUUUUCAUCUCCCCCAAGGGGGUCCUGGAGCACUCGGGCUCUGUGGGUCUGGCCCUCUUCGUCUGGGUCCUGGGUGGAGGCGUCACUGCCCUGGGUUCCCUCUGUUACGCGGAGCUGGGAGUCGCCAUCCCCAAGUCUGGCGGGGACUAUGCCUAUGUCACCGAGAUCUUCGGGGGCCUGGCUGGCUUCCUGCUGCUCUGGAGUGCGGUCCUCAUCAUGUACCCAACCAGCCUGGCUGUCAUCUCCAUGACCUUCUCUAACUACGUGCUGCAGCCCGUGUUCCCCAACUGCAUCCCCCCAGCUGCUGCCUCCCGCGCACUCUCUAUGGCCUGCCUGAUGCUCCUGACAUGGGUGAACAGCUCCAGCGUGCGCUGGGCCACACGCAUCCAGGACAUCUUCACCGGUGGGAAGCUGCUGGCCCUGUCCCUCAUCAUUGGCGUGGGCUUCGUCCAGAUCUUCCAAGGACACUUUGAGGAGCUGACACCCAGCAAUGCCUUUGACUUCUGGAUGACACCCUCCGUGGGUCACCUGGCCCUGGCCUUCCUCCAGGGCUCCUUUGCCUUCAGUGGCUGGAACUUCCUCAACUACGUCACUGAGGAGCUGGUUGACCCUCGAAAGAACCUACCUCGUGCCAUUGUCAUCUCCAUCCCGCUGGUGACCUUUGUGUACACCUUCACCAAUGUUGCCUACUUCACCGCCAUGUCCCCCCAGGAGCUGCUGGCCUCGAACGCAGUGGCCGUGACCUUCGGGGAGAAGCUGCUGGGCUACUUUUCUUGGGUCAUGCCCGUCUCCGUGGCACUUUCUACUUUUGGAGGGAUCAAUGGCUACCUGUUCACCUCCUCCAGACUGUGCUUCUCUGGGGCCCGAGAGGGACACCUGCCCAGCCUGCUGGCCAUGAUCCAUGUCAGACACUGCACACCCAUCCCUGCCCUCCUUGUCUGUUGCGGGGCCACAGCGGUCAUCAUGCUUGUGGGAGACACGUACACGCUCAUCAACUACGUGUCCUUCAUCAACUACCUCUGCUACGGUGUCACCAUCCUGGGCCUUCUCGUUUUGCGCUGGAGGCGGCCAGCGCUCCACAGGCCCAUCAAGGUGAACCUCCUGGUCCCCAUCGCAUACUUGGUUUUCUGGGCAUUCCUGCUGGUCUUCAGCUUCAUCUCAGAGCCCAUGGUGUGUGGAGUCGGCGUCAUCAUCAUCCUCACGGGGGUGCCUGUUUUCUUCCUGGGAGUGUUCUGGAGAAGCAAACCAAAGUGUGUGCACAGACUCACAGAAUCCAUGACACGCUGGGGCCAGGAGCUGUGCUUUGUGGUCUACCCCCAGGGAGCCCCUGAGGAAGAGGAAAAUGGCCCGUGCCAGCCCUCCCCACUGCCCACCAGGGACAAGCCCUUGAAAACGCAAUGAGACAUUUGCGGAGCCUGAAGCAGCUGUUUCUGUUUACAUGUUGUUUAUUGAGGAGGUGUUUUUGCAAAAUAAGUUGGUUUUUUUUUGCUUUUUGUUUUUUUUGUUUUGUCCUGAAAAAAAGAGAGAGAGAGAGAGAGAGAGAGAGAGAGAGAGAGAGAGAGAUCUGACUCCUUUGAGUCCUGUGCUGAGAGAGCCCUGGAGAUAUUGGCUGGGCUCCCUGUCAGUGCUGCCCUGCUCGCUUUCCUGGAAAUGUCUAUGAAUAAAACAGGGUUGGUGGGCGGUG